CUGCAGGUGUUUAACGCCCACUAUACCCCCCCCCGCCAUAUGCCGGUCCACACGGGAGCCAGGCCCUUCGUGUGCAAGGUCUGCGGUAAAGGCUUCCGCCAGGCCAGCACGCUCUGCAGGCACAAAAUUAUCCACACCCAGGAGAAGCCGCACAAAUGCAACCAGUGCGGCAAAGCCUUCAACCGCAGCUCCACGCUCAACACCCACAUCCGCAUCCACGCGGGCUACAAACCCUUCGUCUGCGAAUUCUGCGGCAAAGGCUUUCACCAAAAAGGGAACUACAAGAACCACAAGCUGACCCACAGCGGCGAGAAGCAGUACAAAUGCACCAUCUGCAACAAGGCCUUCCACCAGGUCUACAACCUGACAUUCCACAUGCACACUCACAACGACAAGAAGCCUUUCACGUGCGCCACCUGCGGCAAAGGCUUUUGCAGAAACUUUGAUUUAAAGAAACACGUGCGCAAGCUGCACGACAGCGCGGGCCCCGCCGCUCCCUCUGCAAAGGACCUGAGCAGGACGGUGCCGAGCUGAGAGCUACUGCUUUGUCCUCUUCCUGCCCUCCGCCGCCCCAACACAGAUCUCACGUAUAAACUUAUUUCUAAAAUUAAAAGGAAAACAAACUAUAGCAGAGAGGCUAAAAUCUAUUUAUCGAAACCAGCAUAUUUUUGGAAAGUUAAACGUUUCCUCGAUGACUGGCAACCAGUGCGUGGCUCCCACCUUUGUAUAUUCGGGAAAUUUAUUUAAAUUCAGUGCGUCGAAUCGUAUUUAAUUCCAGGCCUCGGCUUCGCCUCGAACAGCCGCUUUCUGACCCCAGCCUGUCACCGCGAGCGCCCCAGGAGAGCCCGGCGCCCUCAGCCAUCUCUGUACAGCCCUGUAACUCCUGUGCAGGCCGACACGGAAUACACACACAUGUGACUCAAUAAACAAUCCCUGGUGCGCGUCUUCUUCCCCCACCCGCGCCUCGCUUCCCCCUUCCCUCUUCCCCUUCCCUUCCCUUCCCGCCCCGGAUCCUGACUC